GAAAAUCACAUGCCCAAAUCUGCAAUAACCUAACCUAUCGUCUACCAAUUCAUCCGAUCCAGCAAUUCUCUCUACCGCUCCUCUCAGCCAGACGGUCAUAAGCUAUAUUGCUCUCUCCGUUUCCAGCCCCUCUUCCCCUUAGGUCGGUCGCGGUCUACACCACGCCGUUGGUCAAGUAUCCCGAGGUUAGAUAGAAGACGCCAAUGCCUCCCAAGUCAAAGAAGCUGCAAGCAGGCCCAGGAAUGAACAGAAAGUCUCGUCUCACACGAGCUGCAUCCAAAGCCCAGCCAAAGCCCCCUGAUGAACCGUUAAAGGCGGACCAGGUGAAAGAAGUGGAUGAAAAAACCACGGUGGAUCUCAAAGAGGAUGUCGUGGUCGAGGAAAAAAUUAAUGCUAUUGAGCAGCAGCUAUCUCCUGCUAGGACAGAAGUUGAGACAGAGGAGGAACAUGAAUCUGAGGCAAACAGAUGCCCCCCUACUAAGAAGGAGUUGGAACCGAAAGAGUCGGUUGAUGAGUAUGAAAAAUGUGAAAGGUUAGACUUGGAGGAUAAUGAUCCUGAAUAUGAAACUGAAGAGUAUGUUGGUGCUGAUUAUGAUGAGAGGGGAAGUGAGCAAGAAGACGAGCAAGAUGAGGGAGAUGAGAUAGAAGAUAACGAGGAGGACUUUAUUUGUGGUGACGAAGGUGAAGGUGAUAUGGUUGAAGAGGUAGAGGAGGUUGAAGAUGUCAAUGAGGACCUUGAGGUAGAAGAAGAUGAUGAACAAGAAAAUGAAGAACACACUGAGAUGGUUAAUGCAGCCGAAGAGGAAGAACAUCACGAAGUUGUUAAAGAAAGACGCAAGCGUAAGGAGUUUGAAAUUUUUAUCGGUGGCUUAGACAAGGAUGCUACUGAAGAUGAUCUUAAGAAGGUCUUUAGUCAAGUUGGUGAAAUCACUGAAGUGAGGCUUAUGAUGAACUCUCAGACCAAGAAGAACAAGGGAUUUGCUUUUCUGAGAUUUUCAACUGUAGAACAAGCCAAGCGUGCUUGUGUAGAGCUAAAAAAUCCUGUGGUUAAUGGAAAAAAAUGCGGUGUUACUCCAAGUCAAGACAGUGAUACUCUGUUUUUAGGCAACAUAUGCAAGACAUGGACGAAGGAAGCUUUGAAUGAGAAGUUGAAGCACUAUGGCAUUGAUAAUAUUGAUGACUUGACACUAGUGGAGGACACAAAUAGCGUAGGAACAAACCGUGGCUUUGCAUUCUUGGAAUUCUCUUCUCGUUCAGAUGCUAUGGAUGCUUUUAAGCGUCUUCAGAAGAGAAAUGUUGUCUUUGGAGUUGACAGACCUGCCAAGGUUUCCUUCGCAGAUUCAUUCAUUGAUCCAGGCGAUGAAAUAAUGGCUCAGGUCAAAACAGUCUUUAUAGAUGGUCUUCCAUCCCAUUGGGACGAAGCCCAUGUUACUGAACUUCUAAAAAAAUAUGGAAAGAUAGAAAAGAUUGAGCUUGCUCGUAAUAUGCCAUCUGCCAAGAGAAAGGAUUUCGGAUUUGUGACAUUUGAUUCACAUGAUGAUGCUGUUACUUGUGCUAAAUGCAUCAAUAAUGCUAUGCUGGGAGAAGGAGAUAGUAAGGUCAAAGUCCGGGCCAGAUUAUCAAGACCCCUUUCAAGAGGCAGGGGAAAAUAUGGUUCUCGAGGAGACGUGGUGAGGCCUCGGCGCAGGCCAGUACGAGUGCCCAGGGCUCCGUGGGGACGCUCAUUGCCCCCUAAUCUUCCCACUCGUGCAUCAAGAGUUGGUACACGUGGGCCGCCUUUGGUUGAUCGCAAUUAUAAAAGAGCUGCUGGUUAUAGAGAUAGAAGAUCAACCAUUGCUGUCCCUCCUAAGAGCAGACCUGUUGCUCAUGUGCCUAGCAGGUCAUAUGAGAGGAGGCCACCUGCUCAUGCAUAUACAAGAAGUAGUACUAAGAGAGAUUAUGGAAGCAGAGCUGCAAUAGACUAUGCUCCUAGAGUGCAUUCUGACAGACGUACAUCCUAUAGAGACGAGUAUGCUUCCCACGGAUCUGGCUAUAAUGAUUUUCCAGAAGGAACAUCUAGGACUGGCGUACGGAGAGCAUAUGUUGAUGAUGGCUAUGAGCAGAGGCUUGAAAGACCCCUUCCAGUUUACCGUGAAAGCCGUGCUCGGGAAUAUGACUCUAUAUCCGGCUCAAAACGUUCAUAUACUGCAAUGCAAGAGGAUGUUCCUCCUCCUCGAUAUGUUGAGGCAGGAGGUCGCCGUUCUCGUGCACGAUUGGACUAUGAUUAUGAAGGACGCAGUGCUUCUCAAUAUGGUGGUUCCUAUGGCGGCAGACCUGGAAGGCCUCCUAUUGGAUAUGGGGGUAGAAGUUCUAUGUCUAGUCAAGAUUCUCAUGGACUUUAUAAUAGUCGCCAGGGUAUGGGGUAUGACAGAGGAUCCUAUAGUGGUAGUGAUGUUGGUGGAAUGUAUGCUUCAGGCUAUGGUGGUGAUUAUAUGCCUCAUGGCAGUGAUAUGGGUGGCAGCUCGUACUCAUCACUUUAUUCUAACCGUGAAAUGGGAGGUGGAGGCUAUAUGGGCGGUAGCAGUUCCAGAUCUUAUUAUUAAGAUCUGAAAGGACAAAGAGGCUGCAUGGAGUGCAUUAUUUACUUGAAGGCCUCUACGUUAUGGAUUGGAAGUAUUACAUCUAGCAUGCUGAGCCUUGUAUGUGGUUUGGUGACAUGCAUGAUAGAACAUCGGAUCUUAUUUAUGGAGAUGUCACCAGGAGAUUGGUAGUUCAAUUGUACUGAGAUUUGGAUGCCUCGUAAAUUUCUUCUUUUAGGGAACUUGCAGAAUUUCAAAGACGUGACUGCUACAUAUCCAGUAUUUGUCGUUAAUUUUCUUUUUAUAUAAACUAUUGGUAUCUCUAUGAAAGAGUUUGUUUGAAAUAAUAGUAAAAGUGGAGUGCUGUUGAAGUGCCAACGUUAUCUCUACGUAUCCAUUUAAAUAUCAGUUCUUUCUCAAUGUUAUGUACUGAAAACUAAUGGAUUGCAAGAAACAGUCAAAGAGAAUGCAAAAGAAGAGACGUGGAAAUCCUUUUAUUGGUUAUGAA